AUGCCUCCUAAGCGCAAGGCUACCGACAGCGGUCGGUCUAGUAGAGCGUCGAAACGGGCGACUCCCAUCCCGGAUGCCGUUGACAGUAGCGAUGAAUAUUCCGAAUAUGAGGAUGAUGGCAAGGAAGACAGUCUGAAAGAUGUCGUGGAUAAAUUCUCCCUCGAGUCCUUUAGCAACAAGAAGGCGCCCGCGGUGCAACAACAGAACCCAGAUUUUGGCUACAAGGACUUUUCGUCUAUGCCCCUUAAGCCGGAUCAUGCGAAUCGUCCCCUUUGGAUCGACCCGUUGAAAGGCACCAUUACCCUGGAGAGUUUCUCCCCGUUGGCCCCUCAAGCGCAGGAUUUCCUCACCACCAUCUCCGAGCCUCUCUCCCGUCCGACCCAUCUCCACGAGUACCGGUUGACUGGAAAUAGUUUGUACGCCGCGGUGUCAGUUGGUCUGCAGCCGACGGAUAUCAUAAACUUCCUGGACCGAUUAUCGAAGACGCCGCUUCCUGAGACGAUCAAAUCGUUUAUCAUUGACUUUACAAAAUCUUAUGGAAAGAUCAAGGUGGUUUUGAAGCACAACCGCUUCUUCGUGGAAAGUACCGACCCGUCGAUGCUACAGAUGCUCCUACAGGAUGAAGUCAUCGGACCUCAGAGAUUACAAGGAACGGAAGGGAUCAUUCAGCAAGCGGCCCCGAAGAUGGGAGGCCUGGUCAUUCCUGGUACAAAAGAUGCUGCGGGAGUGAACCAAACAAUGGAGCAGCAACAGCCAGCGGAGAAUGGCCAAGGUGGCAAACAAGAGGAUGAACUUCUUAUGGCUAUCCGUGAUGAGGACGAUGAUGACGAGGAACAAGCCCAGGUCCACAGCUUUGAAAUUCCAAAUGAAGCCGUGGAACCGGUCAAAGCGCGUUGCCAGGCCAUGGGUUGUCCAGCUUUGGAGGAGUAUGAUUUCCGAAACGAUGAAAUCAAUCCUACAUUGGACAUUGACCUGAAGCCGGCUGCACGAAUUCGAAGUUACCAAGAAAAGAGUCUGAGCAAGAUGUUUGGUAACGGUCGAGCUAAGAGUGGUAUUAUUGUUUUGCCUUGUGGUGCCGGAAAGACAUUGGUGGGUAUCACCGCCGGGUGUACCAUCAAGAAAGGAACGAUCAUCCUCUGCACAAGUUCUAUGUCUGUGGUGCAAUGGAGAAAUGAAUUCUUGCGAUGGUCAAAUAUUGACCCGGGCGACAUUGCAGUGUUCACGUCCGAUAAUAAGGAAAAGUUCCGCAGAUCCACGGGUAUCAUCGUUUCGACUUACUCCAUGGUUUCGCAGACAAGAGCUCGGUCCCACGAUGCACAGAAGAUGAUGGACUGGAUUCAGUCGCGAGAAUGGGGUCUUAUGAUUCUUGACGAGGUGCACGUUGUGCCUGCAUCCAUGUUCCGUAAGGUCACGUCGGCUAUCGCGACUCAGAGCAAGCUUGGUCUGACGGCCACCCUACUGCGUGAGGAUGACAAGAUUAAGGAUUUGAACUUCCUGAUUGGACCGAAGCUGUAUGAAGCCAACUGGAUGGAGCUUGCAGAGCAGGGUCACAUCGCCAAGGUCCAGUGUGCCGAGGUGUGGUGCCCAAUGACUACGGAAUUCUAUUCAGAGUAUAUGAGAGAAAAGUCUCGAAAGGCUGCACUUCUCUACAUUAUGAAUCCCCGGAAAUUCCAGGCUUGUCAGUUCUUGAUUGACUACCAUGAGAAGCGAGGAGACAAGGUUAUUGUUUUCUCCGACAAUGUGUAUGCAUUGGAGCGGUACGCCCUCAAACUAAACAAGGCCUACAUUUAUGGUGGUACUCCUCAGAACGAGCGUAUGCGGAUUCUUGAAAACUUCCAGCACAACGAGCAGGUCAACACUAUUUUCCUAUCCAAGAUCGGUGAUACCUCCCUGGAUCUGCCUGAGGCGACCUGUCUCAUCCAGAUCUCGUCGCACUAUGGUUCUCGUCGUCAAGAGGCCCAGCGUCUUGGUCGGAUUCUGAGAGCCAAGCGCCGAAACGAUGAGGGCUUCAACGCCUUCUUCUACUCGCUCGUGUCCAAGGACACAGAUGAAAUGUUCUAUUCCUCGAAACGACAAGCGUUCCUGGUCGACCAAGGUUACGCCUUCAAGGUCAUCACACAUUUGCAAGGCAUCGAGAAUCUCGAGGGUCUUGCAUACGCCACUCCAUCGGAACGUCGCGAGCUCUUGCAGGAAGUCAUGCUUCAGAACGAGAACUCCGCAGAGGUUGAAAACGUGACAGACGACCUCUUCAACGCCCGUUCAGGCGGAAACAAGGGCCGAGCAAAGGGGGCCGUGAAGCGCAGCGCAGCUACCCUCAGUGGACUGGCCGGUGGCGAGGACAUGGCCUAUAUCGAAUACAACAAGAGCCGGAACAAGCAACUGAAGGACAAGGUCGGUCAUCACCCGCUGUUCCGGAAGAUGGAGCGCGAGCGUUUGAAGAGAAAGAAGGGGUUGGAAGAAAUGAUGCGGUGA